AGCCGAUAACAUGCCACAGUUGCCAGGUCAUGAUGUCAUAGAUUUCGACCCCUGACCAUUUGCGUUAGUAACCUUCAUAGCGAGGUAGACUGGACACAGUAGCUGAUGAGACAUACAAUGGCAUUACACCUAACGGCAGUCGUUCUCCUGGGUAUCCUGUCUCCAGUUCUAGCCUCAAAUACAGAUGCAUGCUUCGAGGACAUCCAACUUUCCAAUGUUGUGGAGAACAUUACAUCCCCAGGUUUCCCGUCGUCGUCUGGCCCUAACAUAUCCUGCGGAUGGAGGAUACAUGCAUCGUUUCCGGAACAUCUUGUAGGCGUAAAAUAUGUUGCAUUAUUGGAUUAUUCCGUUCGUUGUCAAGGUGAUAUUCUGUCCUUCUAUGAUGGACCAGAUAAUUCGACUGAAAUAUUGUUGGAAUUGUGUGGCGAUGGAGCAAGUACUGGCAGUGUCAUCAGCAGCGGAGACACCAUGUACAUACAGUUCACCACCGGUGCAAUAACUGAUGGAGUUUUAUUUCGACUGAACGUCAGUGACGUUGAAAGUUGUGGUGGGAACUUAACAGCAACCUCAGAGGAAGCAAACUUCACAUCCCCGGGCUUUCCUCACACCUAUUACAAAAAUCAAAAGUGCACUUGGAUAAUAUCAGCGGAAAACGAAAACGAUACCGUCAAAGUGACAAAUAAUCUACCAAAUAAAGACAAUUAUGGAUUUCGGUGCUGGAAUGUUUAUAACGGAAACACAACUGAAGCUGCCCAAUUUCUUGGUGAAUUAUGUCCAUCCCAGAAGCGGAUAUACUACAGUUCCAAUAACGCAAUGCUGCUUGAGUUUACAAUCACUGAGGCUGUGACAAGCAAGGAUUUUCAGUUGCACUAUACUGCGAUACCAGAAGGCGACUGUAAUAGGACAUAUUACAUAUAUGACACACCUAUUUAUAUUCAAUCACCUGGAUACCCUGAUUCAUAUGACAGCGACCUUGAAUGCGUCAUGAUAAUAUUCGACGCGAGGCGCACGCCCAACAUAAAGCUUGACGUCCUCACUGCUGAUAUAGAGGGAGACUACCCACAAUGCGAUACUGACGCUGUAACUCUUUUUGGAGGGGAUUAUAGAGCUUAUCAUCCUAUUGGAGAGUUUUGUGGGAAUUCAUCAAUUUCCCCGGUUGGUCCCUACUAUUCGAACGGAAUGAGUAUGAAACUGGUAUUCAAAUCCAACAGUGAUACAAGCGGGAAGGGAUUCCAAGUUGUUGUGUCUCGUAGUUCACGGAAAGUGAUACCUUAUCAAUCAGAGAAUUGUGGACCCCGAUUUCUGAAUGCAACCACAUAUCCUAAAUCCCUACAUUCCCCUGGAUAUCCUUUGCAUCCUCUAAGCAAUGCCGAUUGUAUUUGGAUACUGACGGCCCCUGAUCCUAAUAUGAUGGUGCGGAUCGUCGUAAAUGACUCGGAUAUUCAAACUACGUCUUUCUUUCACUAUUUCUGCGAAAGAAAUCGUGUCACUGUUUACGAUGGACCUUCGAUCUUUAAUAACACGCUUUUCUCCGGGUGCGGCCAUUCAUCACCGACUCUGCAGAGUUCUGGACCAGCUAUGACAGUUCAAUUCUAUAACCGUCAUGCAAACAAUAUGACAGGCUUCAACCUCAAAUAUUUUGCAACUAAUGAGGCAUAUAUAUGUGGAGGAACAGUCAAUAUUACGACGGAUGAGGAAACAACUUUGACAGAGACAUAUGACAAUUCCCAAGGCUGCCACUGGACUAUACAUGCCCCCGUUAAUACGAAUAUCCAGGUUAAUUUUAGCAGUUCAAAUCGGAAUGUGGGUAUAUUCACCGAAUGUUUGAACAUCUACGGUUACCUGGAAAUUUACGAUGGUAAUUAUGACAACACUACUUCAACAACCCCCGGGAAGUGGUGUGGUCAAGACAACGCUGGUUUCAUCAGUUCGGGAAAUAUUAUCACCGCCAGGUUCUACCCCGGCAUAUUCAACAGAUAUAGAGGACUAAAAAUGAUUCUCAAGGCGGGUCACUUUAAGGCUUCACGGCAGAAGAAUCUUUCAGCUGAUUUUUUAUACCAUUACAUUACGUCACCAAAUUAUCCAUUUAAUUACCCGAGUAAUAUCGAGUCCACGUGGAAGAUUGACGCGGGUGAAGGCCAUCACGUCGAGAUCGUUGUUAUCUAUUCAAGACUGGAGAGUUCUUCUGGUUGUCAAAAUGACUACAUGGAAGCGUUUGAUGGAUCGGAUUCCGAUGCCCAGUCUCUAGGACGCUGGUGUGGAGUCAAUCAACCAACCAAAAGCGGUUCAGGCACUGUGAUGUUCCUGAAAUUCAAAACGAAUUCCCAUACAGUGGACAGAGGUUUCAAGAUCUCGUACACGGCGCAGAUUAAUGAUAUUGAUCUCUCAAGUGGUUCAAGUGUUUCGAGAGUUGGGGCUAUUAUCGGAAGUUCCACUGCGGGUGUAAGUCUGAUAUUAACCGUGAUAGCCGCAAUAUGCAGAACUGUAGGGAGAAACACUGCCUCCAGAACACAGGACGCCAGGAACAAUGUGAGGACUACAGACCAGAGACCUAUAGACGCUAUCAUUCCCCCAGCAACGUUCUCCAGUCCAGAAACGUUCAAUAUGGAACGUACGUCAAGUAGAUUAUGAACAUACUUCGUAGGGGUGAGGAAGGGAGGCGUUGUAUAUAAAAUGCCGGGACGAAGAAAGUAUACACCCAUCCGGUGAGCGAGUUGACCAUGACAGAACGGCAACGUUGUGCGCUGCAACGAAAUCUAGCGUUGUCGUGUUGUGAGAGUGGUCCCUGUUCUUGGUGUUGACGAAGGAAUGGUGACACCACAUGUUAAAGAACGUCAUCCCGUUGGUUGUUGAGGUUGUAACGGAUGAUGACAAGUCCCGUCCGUUGGUAGCCACGAAAUCCUCACCAAACCGGCCAUCAUAUGGAAGCACAUCCUGAAUGCAGCCAAGCACCAAUAAUUUCCUUUACGACUAAAAACCGGAGCACGACCAUCAUUUUACACUAAACAGGAUCUGCUUUUGUCAGUAUAAGCACUGGAUGUGCCAGUAUUGUACUGUCCUUGCCCAGUGGCGACGUCGACGUUAAUGUUCAGGCCAUUCCAAGGGAAAGGGCGCUUCGCUCGAAUACCUACGACACGGAUAAGUCAUUGCGCAGUGCUUAAGCUGAUGCAUCUCUUUCAAGGUUGUGCAGUUACGCAGGACAUACCGUAUGUGUUAUUCCUUACCUAUGGUAUAUUGCUAAAAAUCCAUUGCAUUUUGCAAUUCCUGUAUGUGCACUUUUACGGUUAACUGAAAAACGGUGUUUAGCAAUGUUUCACUGUUUCAUCUUCCGAACCAACGGGUAAUGUUUUGAACCUUUCCAAUGUUUGCAAUGUUUCAGAACGUUUGUAAUAUAUUGGUCAAAUCAACUUUCAAGUACAUGUAUAUACUUUCUUUUGUCCGGCAGUUUAUAAGAAUCCGUUUACUCCAAUGUUUCGAAAAUGUAAAAAUGUAUCAAUUGCAGCCUGUUGUGAAAUGAUUCUGAGAAUGAACUGACUUUUUACCUAAUUCUACAUGUAAAGUCAUGUAGUUGGAUUUUAUCUUGUCUCAGUUCCGUAAUUUAGCAAAAGAAUGACGAGAAUGUAUUACGUUCAUAUACCAAAAUGAUAUUAGUGUUGCAUGAAGACAAUACCCAUUGAUCUGCAAAAUGAUGAUAAAACUUUUCAAGGGACAGUUGAUCUACCUUUGAGCCAUUUUCAGGAGUUCGUAUUUAGAGCAAGUAUAGACAUUUGCACGAAUGUGCCGUUUGUUCAUAUGGUCAUCAACCAAUCUAGAGUAAUACAUGGGAUCCAGUAUUUAUGUUUUGCUUUGCCAGUUUUAAUUAUUAAUGUACACAUUAACGGUUACAAUUAUCAGACUGUUUUGUAUGAAUUUGCUCACAUAA